CGCCACAGUCGCGACGUCAUCAAGAGAAAUUAAACAUGGCCGACAGAAACGGAUGGAUGGUGAAAGUUAGCGAAAAGCUUUGGUAAAAAUCUGCGAACCUCCUAGUCUGUACUGCAGGUAUUCGAACUUCAUUGUGCACUUUGACUGUAUUGUUAUAGGUGGAUACAUCCCACACAUGAAUUGGAGGUUCAAGUUGAGUUUGUUCGUCCGUAAAGGCCUUACUAAACCGGCCAUUAGCCCGCAGUAUUAGCCGCGUUAGCAGCCGAAACAGCGCCUGCUUUUGUUUUUGGUCAGGGGUAUAUGCUAGAGGGAUUUUUUUAGCAGUUUUAUUUCGCCUUUUUUCUUUAAAAGAAAAUACAUGUUUUUCUGAACUGCACUACGUAGCUGUUCAGUUAGACUCCGGGGCUUUUUGUAUUGUAUUGCGGGUGGGGUCCAGCGUGUUGGCAGUGCUGUUCAUUUAAGGCCAACUUCGCAUCAAAGCCAUACUUUUUAGAAGACUGACACAUACCCGCUUUGACCUGUGUGACUGUGCCUGUUUAUGAACAUUACGCCCAGGAAACAUGGAUUCAAAGCGCGCACACAGCAAACCUCAAACAAGCGGCGGCAGCGGCGACGACUCCAGCUGCGGCAGCCCCGCGUCCCCCUCUAGCAGCCCCGCACCGGCAUCAAGCAAAACCCCGGUGCCUGGGGGCAACGCGUUCGCUAACGACGGCAGCUUCAUGGAGAUGUUCAAGAAGAAGAUGGAGGAGGAGAAGAGAAAAAAGGAGACGCAGCAAACAGGUGGAGAAGCGAGAGCCACCGAGCAAGGACAGACUUCAGUGGAAAAGAAGCCCCCUCCCGUGACGAGCUUUGUAAGGGGUUUGGCAGUUGUGGGGAAGCGCAGAGGCGGUGUGUUCCUAAAGACCGGCAUGGUUGCGAAGAAGCAGAAACACGACACAGAAGUUGAGCCAGGCAAGAGCGAUGCUUGGUCAAAGUACAUGGCUGAGGUCAAAAAGUACAAAGCCCACCAGUGUGGUGACGACGAUAAGACCAGGCCUCUUGUCAAGUAAAGGCGAAGGUGAAGCGACAAUGUUUUGAGGGGAAAACCAGCUGGGAGAAGCUCCGGGAGGGCCGGCCAAUCCUGACCUUCUCACACUGCCAGUUCAAGUUACCCUUCACUUCACACAAGUCUUUCACAAACUGCUUAGAUUGACAGACCUUUUCCCCACUUUUUUUUUUUUUUUGUAGUUUUUUUGUCUUGCUUGUUAUUUGUUGGAUGCUGGUAAUUUGAUCUGGUGUUUAAAAGGUGUUUCAGAAACUCGGUGUACAUUAUUGAUCAUUGUUAAAUAUUUUCAAAUUUGUCUUGUCUGGGUUAAGUUAGGGUUCAUUGAUAAUUGAAUUUUGAUUCAAUAGCCAAACCAAGGUGUCAAUUAAAUCUACACUGCCCAUUAAUAUGUGGUGUUGUGCCUAAGUUUUGUUAGAUUCUGUUACAGACGCUCCAUUAAGACUUGUGUGUUGUAGGAGUCCAGAGGAAACAUGGUUUUAGGUAUUUUGUAGACUUGCAUCAAAUUACUCCAUUGUGAAGAUUUUAAUUAAAAGUAGGUUCGAGUUCUA